AUGACGACCGAGGAGGUCCCCAUCCCCGAGCCAUGGGGUCUGCCCAUCCUUGGGCACAUGGCCGAGUUUACCACCGAGAAUACAAUGGAAGAUAUAUAUCGAUUGGCAGACACAUUCGGCGAGGUUUACCGUCUUCGAUUCCCUGGCGGGAACACCAUGUGCAUGUUUUCUACAAACGCUCUAAUCAACGAGCUCUGCGACGAAUCUCGCUUCAAAAAGACACUGAACAACGUCAUCGGUGAAUUGAGGACCAUUGCCAAUGAUGGCCUCUUUACUGCCGACAUUGACGAGCCAAACUGGGGCAUCGCCCACAGAAUCCUGGUCCCAGCCUUCGGACCCGUAACCAUUCGCGGCAUGUUUGACGAGAUGGUCGACCUCGCAAGCCAGAUGGCCUUGAAAUGGGCUCGCCACGGCCCCUCAACACCCAUCAUGGUCACCGAUGACUUCACUCGUCUCACUUUGGAUACCAUUGCCCUGUGCUCCAUGGGCUUCCGCUUCAAUUCCUUCUACAGCGAAGAGCUUCACCCCUUCCUCAAGGCCAUGUCAGACGCCCUCACGGAAUGCGGAAACAGGCAAACGAGACCGGGCUUCGCCAACUACAUCUUUUGGAGCACACAGCAGAAGUUCUCCGCCGACAAAGACUUGUUGCGCAAGACGGCGGAAGAGGUGCUGAAUUCUCGAAAAGAGCACCCGUCCACAAGGAAAGACUUGCUGUCUGCCAUGCUCAACGGCGUGGACCCCAAAACGGGCCAGAAGAUGACCGAUGCCAGUAUCAUCGAUAACUUGAUUACUUUCCUCAUUGCCGGCCACGAAACAACUUCCGGCCUGCUGUCCUUUGCAUUUUACCAGCUUCUUCGGAAUCCAGCAGCCUAUCGAAAAGCCCAGCAAGAAGUUGACGAGGUUCUCGGCCUAGGCCCCUUCACCAUACAUCACUUGUCCAAGCUGCCCUACCUGAAUGCUAUUCUCCGAGAGACAUUGCGGCUUUCUUCUACGGUUCCUGCCUUCGCCCUCGAGGCCAAAGAAGAAACACUCGUUGCCGGAAAAUACCGCGUCAAGAAGGGAGAAGCUCUCGUAGCAGUCCUUGGCAAAGCGCACAUCGAUCCCGUUGUCUACGGCGACGACGCAAAAGAGUUCAAGCCCGAGCGCAUGCUGGACGAGAACUUUGAACGCAUACAAAACGAGUUCCCCAACUCGUGGAAGCCCUUUGGUAACGGCCUGCGUGGCUGCAUUGGCAGGCCGUUUGCUUGGCAGGAGGCAUUGCUCGCCGUGGCCAUGCUUCUGCAGAAUUUCAACUUCACCAUGGAAGACCCCAACUACCAGCUCGAGAUUAUCGAGACGCUCACCAUAAAACCCAAGAAUUUCUACAUGCGUGCGACCCUACGACAUGGGAUGAGUCCCACGGAGCUGGAGCAGAGGCUCAUGGGCAAAGGCUCGAACAAGACGACUUUGCCGCUUCGACCGUCAGCGCAGACAAAUGGCCACCCGACGAACGGCAGUAAGAAAACCGAAGUCGGUGGGAUCCCCAUGAGCAUCUAUUACGGAUCUAACAGUGGCACAUGCGAGGCGCUCGCCCAAAGACUCGCCACGGAUGCGACGACUCGCGGAUUUAACGCUACAACCGUGGAGCCCUUGGACACCGCUCGCGAGAAUUUGCCCAAGAAUCAGCCCGCAGUGAUCAUCACUGCCUCUUACGAAGGCCACCCGCCAGACAACGCAGCCCACUUUGUCGCUUGGCUCGAGAGCUUGAAGGCCCAGGAGUUGAGCAACGUUCCAUACGCCGUCUUCGGGUGUGGCCACCAGGACUGGGUUCAAACGUUCCACCGCGUUCCGAAGCUAGUCGAUACCAUAAUGGAAGAGCGCGGAGCAAACAGAGUCGCGCCGAUGGGGCUGACAAACGCUGCCGACAGAGACAUGUUUUCGGACUUUGAGGCCUGGGAGGACAAGUUUCUCUGGCCGGCGCUUACAGAGAAGUACGAUGUAAUCGAGGCACAAAACGCCAAUGGUUCAAGCUCCGGACUUGUUGUGCAAAUUUCCAACCCCCGCACUUCGACUCUGCGGCAGGAUGUCGAGGAGGCCGUCAUCGUCGAGGAGAAGACCCUUACGGCGGCUGGAGCGGCCCCGAAGAAGCACAUGGGCAUCCAGCUCCCGCCCGGCAUGGCGUUCAGGGCCGGAGACUACCUGGCCGUCCUGCCCCUGAACCCGCGGGAGAGCAUCGAGCGGGUCUUUCACAGGUUCCAGCUUGCGCGUGACGCCUGCUUGACCAUAUCUGGCGAUAGGCGCUCGCUCCUGCCGGUCAACCGGACCGUCUCGGCGUACGAGAUUCUCAGCGCCUACGUCGAGCUUGGCCAACCCGCCACGAAGCGCAACGUCUUGUCCCUGCUGGAGGCAGCCGAGGACGGAGAGACCAUGGAGAAGCUGGAGCAGCUGGCCGGCGCGGAGUACCAGGCGGAGAUCACCCAGAAGCGAGUAACGAUCUUGGACCUCUUGGAAAGGUUCCCGUCUAUCGCGCUGCCUAUUGGAUCUUUCCUCGCUAUGCUUCCUCCCAUGCGCGUGCGACAAUACUCCAUCUCAUCCUCCCCGCUCCGCCACCCCUCGCAAGCAACCCUUACCUACUCCGUGCUCGGCGGGCCUUCCCUGUCGGGCCAGGGCCGUUACGUAGGCGUGGCGACCAGCUACCUCGCGGGCCUCAAGGCGGCCGACAAGCUUCAUGUCGCCGUGCGGCCCUCGCACGCAGCCUUCCACCUCCCCCACCAGCCCGAGAAGACGCCGCUCAUCCUCGUCGCCGCGGGCUCAGGCAUCGCGCCCUUCCGCGGGUUCGUCCAGGAGCGCGCCGCCAUGCUCACGGCGGGGCGGGCCGUCGCCCCGGCACUCCUGUUCUACGGGUGCCGCGAGCCCGGCGUCGACGACCUGUACCGCCAGGAGCUCGACAUCUGGGAGGGGAUGGGCGCCGUCGCGGUGCGCAGGGCGUACUCGCGCGCCCAAGCCGAGGAGAGCGAGGGGUGCAGGUACGUCCAGCACCGGCUCUACCACGACAAGAAGGACGUCGCGGGCCUCUGGGCCCGGGGGGCUAAGCUCUUCGUCUGCGGGACGCGGGACGUGGGCAGGGCGGUCGAGGAGGCGUGCGUCAGGAUCAUACUGGAGUCGGCCAAGGAGGAGGGCGGGCAGCCCGAGCUGAGAGACCUGGACUACGAGGGGGCCAAGAAGUGGUUCGAAGGGAUCCGGAACGAGAGGUACGCUACAGACGUCUUUGAUUGA